UUAAAAUACAUGUGAUCGGCCGUGAAUCAAGCCUCGCCCCCUCUCUAUAAAUACUUGACAUCGCCGUCCCACGCUCUCCGCACCCAACGCUGAACCUUCUCAGCUAGUUUCUGCUGCUCAUUAAAAUUCUCCCCUGCAAUUGCUUGGCUUUAAUUUCACCAUGCCGGAAGCACCAAAGCUGAUGCCGGUCACUCUCCCCCCGGCCGACGACGAUGCCGUGCCCGAUCAUCACCGGAAGGCCCUCGAGUUCAUCGACGACGUGACUGAGAACGCCGACGUCGUCCAACGGCGUGUGCUCCUCGAAAUCCUCUCCCAGAACGCCCCCGCCACGUACUUGCAUCGCCACGGGCUAUCCGGCCGUGACGCCGCCGACCUGGAUGCGUUUAAGCGCCUCAUCCCGCUCGUCACCUACGAAGACAUCCGGCCCGACAUUCUCCGCAUCGCUCACGGAGACACCUCUCCCAUCCUCUGUGGCCGCCCGAUCUCAGAAUUCCUUACAAGCUCGGGGACAUCCGGCGGGGAGCGGAAGCUGAUGCCGACUAUAGAGGAUGAGCUCAACCGGCGCUCGCUUCUGUAUAGUCUACUAAUGCCGGUGAUGAGCCAAUUCGUGAGUAGACUCGACAAAGGCAGGGGAAUGUACCUACUGUUCGUGAAGUCGGAGGUUUGCACCCCCGGCGGCCUUGUCGCUCGCCCCGUCCUAACAAGCUACUACAAGAGCCACCACUUCCUCAACCGCCCAGACGAUCCGUAUAAUCUCUACACCAGCCCCAACGAGGCCAUCCUCUGCUCGGACUCCUGGCAGAGCAUGUACGCCCAACUCCUCUGCGGUCUCCUCCACCGCUCCGACGUCCUCCGCGUCGGCGCCGUGUUCGCUUCCGGCUUCAUCCGCGCCAUCCGCUUCCUUGAGAAGCACUGGCCGCGCCUCUGCCGCGACAUCCGCGCUGGCGAGCUCGACCACGAGAUCACUGAUCGAGCAGUGCGUGAGGCCGUGGGCCGUGUGCUGCGCCCUGACGGGGAUUUGGCCCACCUGAUCGAGUCGGAGUGCAGCAGGAAGACGUGGCAGGGCAUCAUUCCCCGGCUGUGGCCCAACACCAAGUACGUGGACGUCAUCGUCACCGGCGCCAUGGCGCAGUAUAUCCCCACACUCGAUUUCUACAGCGACGGCCUGCCGCUGACGUGCACCAUGUACGCCUCCUCCGAGUGCUACUUCGGCCUCAACCUGCAGCCCUUGAGCAAACCCGAUGACGUCGCUUACACCUUGAUCCCCACCAUGGCCUACUUCGAAUUCCUCCCCGUGCCAUGCGCCAGCAGUUGCUGCAACACUGACGACUUCGAUCACCGUGACUUGGUCGACCUGGUCGAGGUCAAGCUCGGCCAGGAGUACGAGCUCGUCGUCACCACUUAUGCUGGCUUGUACCGUUACCGCGUGGGCGACGUUCUGAGGGUGGUGGGAUUCAAAAACAAGGCGCCGCAGUUCAAGUUCAUACGGAGGAAGAACGUGGCGCUGAGCAUCGACUCGGACAAGACGGACGAGGUGGAGCUGCACGCCGCCGUGAGCGCCGCCGCGAGCCACCUGGAGCCGUUAGGAGCGUCGCUAGUGGAGUACACGAGCUACGCUGACGCGCGCAGCAUUCCGGGGCACUACGUGCUUUACUGGGAGCUACGCGAACAGGGGCCAGGGACGACGGCGCCGGCGGUGCCGGCGUCGGUGCUCGAGGACUGCUGCCUGGCGGUGGAGGAGAAGCUGAACAGCGUGUACCGGCAGGGGCGGGUGUGCGACAAGUCAAUCGGGCCGCUGGAGAUUCGGGUAGUGGAGGAAGGUACCUUCGACGAGAUGAUGGACUUCUCUCUGAGCCAGGGAGCUUCCAUCAACCAGUACAAGGCGCCGCGGUGUGUGCUGGCGGGGCCGGUUGUGGAGCUGCUCGAUGGCCGGGUGCGAUCCAGGUUCUUCAGCCGCAAGUGCCCCAAGUGGGCGCCGGGCAACAAGCAGUGGAACAUCCUCCUCGACGCUAUUAAUUAAUUAAUUAAUUAAUUAAUUAAUUAAUUAAUUAGCGAUAUGUUUUAGAUUAGUUAAAAAAAUUAGAGAUCAGUUAUAUAUGUUCUCUUUCUUCUACUUCUUCCUCCUCUCGUCUUUUGCAUGGUUUAAUUUCGUUGGUGCUGCAUGUGUAAUAUAUAUUGUUGAUGUAGUAGUAGAGAGCUAGCUUCAGCUCGUUGUAUAAUUCGUUAAUUACAUGUCUGUAUUAUUUAACUGUGACAGCUACAGUGUGUUUGUUAAUGAA